AUGGCGGCAGAAAGUAAGCUAACAUGGGACUCCUUGCCUUACAAACUACUUCCUUGGCUUCGGGAAGCUUUGGUCUCGAACGGUUAUGAAAGUAUGACUCCUGUUCAGGCCUCAGUAAUUCCGUUGUUCUCUGGAAACAAAGAUGUUGUGGUGCAAGCUGUGACAGGUUCCGGCAAAACAUUGGCAUUUGUCAUUCCAGUUUUGGAGAAAAUAUGUCAUUUCCUACGUGAAGAAUCAACAUUCAAAAAAGGGCAUUUUGGAUCUUUAAUUAUAUGUCCUACGAAAGAGCUAGCAUUUCAGAUAGAAGCAGUCAUCAACAAUCUUGUUGAAUUUUGUCCUGACGAGAACUAUAAACUAAAAGCUCAAGUCGUUCUUGGGGGUAUGGGAACUGUAUUGACAGAUGUACAAAAUUUCAUGAAAACCCGAGCACAAGUCAUUAUCGCCACUCCAGGGAGAGCAUUGGAAUUUUUACAACACUCCAUGGUGAAAUCAUCCAGUUGUCAAGUAUUAAUUUUGGAUGAAGCUGAUCGAUUACUUGAUCACAAUUUCAGUUCAGAAAUGUCAUUAAUUGCCAAAAUUUUGCCUCGACAGAAAAGGGUUGGAAUGUUCUCUGCAACUAUGUCUGCAGUGAUCGAUGAUGUAUUUAAGCUUGGCAUGUCCAAUCCUGUCCGUAUCACUGUGAAAUCUGAUCAUUUGAGCCAAAAGCUGAUACCCUCGAAGUUGAAACUAUUUUAUAGCAUCGUCCCGGCCGAUGAGAAAAUAGGGUUUCUUUUCCAUCUGCUGGAAUCUUAUCAAUUCAAAAGGGCAAUUGUUUAUUUCCCCACAUGUGUGUGUGUUUCUUACUUCUAUCUGUUGCUAAACCAUCUCUUGUCCUGUUUGAAUAAACAAGGCAACGGUUGCAAAGGUAUAAAGCUACAUUCCUUGCACGGAAAGCUGCAGUUGGAAACUAGGACAAAAACGCUGUCUCAUUUUUCCGGGCUUUCAGAUUGUAAGAACGUGCUGCUCAGUACAGAUGUCGCCGCUCGAGGCUUAGAUAUACCUGAUGUCGAUCUGGUCAUACAACUCGAUCCUCCUACGGACCCUGACGUGUUUGUUCACAGAUGUGGUCGCGCUGGUCGCGCUGGAAAACCCGGUACAGCUGUGGUGUUUUUGACUCCAGGCCUAGAAGAAAACUACGUUGAUUUCAUGAGUAUGAGAAAGGUAGAAUUACACGACCUUGGCAAUGUUCAUUACAAUCCUCAAAGAUUUGAGCUCAUCCAUACGGAGUCACGUACCUGGUUACUUGCUGAUAGAGCUAGACAUGAAAAGGCGACAAAGGCGUUUGUGACUUACAUCCGACAUUACUCGAAACAUUCUGCUGCGUCUAUAUUCCGACUUUCUGCCUUGGACUAUUGGAGGCUCGCUAAAGAGUUCUCCCUUUUUAGGUUUCCAAAGAUGCCAGAAAACAGGUUCAUCCAUGAUUUUCCUGAGGGCGGAUUCAUUGAUAAAAGUGUGAAUUUCGAAAGUCACUCGUACUUAAACACUCAGAAGGAAAACGAAAGAUUGCAGCAACUUUGUUCAUCCUCGAAAGCAGUACAGCUCAAUGACGCAAUGCUCGAUAGAAAAGCACGGAAGGAAAAGAAUUUACCCUGGAGUAAAAAUUCAAAGUCUAAAGUUAACGAAAAGCAGUCGUCGUUCAGCUUGAAAGAGUCUAAGAAAAAAAAACGGCUAUUAUUACCAGAAGCUGGAAUUCGGGAAACACAGGAGGAUUGGAAAGAUCUCGUGAGGUCCAAUAAGAGACGAAAGGCGAGCGAAACGACGAGUUUUUUUAAUGAUUUAUGA